AUGGCGGUCUUGUCUAAACCGGUCUCAGAACCAAAACCCGGGUUUUCUCCAAUCCCGGUUAUAGAUAUCUCUAACCCGGAAUCCAAACACAACCUCGUCAAAGCCUGUGAAGACUUUGGUUUCUUCAAGGUGAUCAACCAUGGCGUUUCCUCUGAGCUAGUCUCUGUUUUGGAACACGAAGCCAUCGAGUUCUUCUCAUUGCCUAAGUCCGAGAAAACACAAGCCGCUGGUUAUCCUUUUGGAUAUGGGAACAGUAAGAUUGGUCGUAAUGGCGAUGUUGGUUGGGUCGAGUACUUGUUGAUGAAUGCUAAUCUUGAUUCUUGUUCGGAUCCUCUCUUUUCGGGUCUUCUGAAAACCCCAGGAAUUUUCAGAAUUGCAUUGGAAGAGUACACAAGAUCAGUGAGGAAAAUGACAAGCAAUGUUUUAGAGAUGAUUACAGAUGGGUUAGGGAUUAAACCGAGGAAUACACUUAGCAAGCUAGUGUCUAAUCAAAACACCGAAUCGAUAUUGAGACUUAAUCACUAUCCACCAUGCCCUCUUAUCAACAAGAAGACUAAUGGUGGGAAGAAUGUGAUUGGUUUUGGCGAACAUACAGAUCCUCAAAUCAUCUCUGUCUUAAGAUCUAAUAACACUUCUGGUCUCCAAAUCAAUAUAACUGACGGCUCGUGGAUUUCUGUUCCUUCUGAUCCCACCUCCUUCUUCUUCAACGUAGGAGACUCUCUCCAGGUGAUGACAAAUGGGAGGUUUAAGAGCGUGAGGCAUAGGGUUUUAGCGAACGGAAGAAAAUCUAGGGUUUCGAUGAUUUACUUCGCUGGACCAUCGUUGACUCAGAGAAUCGCUCCGUUGACUUGUCUUAUAAACAAUGAAGAUGAGAAGUUGUACGAAGAGUUCACUUGGUCUGAGUACAGAAACUCUGCCUACAAAUCUAGAUUGUCUGAUAAUAGGCUUCAACAAUUCGAAAGGAAAAACUAUAUCAAAACAAAAUGA